AUGGGAGACCAAAUCCCCCCUCAAGACCGAAGCAAAUUGAGAGGUCGUUUCAAGGACACCCUCAAGGCAACAUUCGCCCUGAAAUCCAUCCAUGAUUUGUACCGAAAAUCGCCAGUCCUCGUCGACCCCGACCACGCGAUGAAAGCCGCUCUCGUGACCUCCUGGGGCAAGCCACCACAGUACAUCUCAAUCCCAGAUCUUCCGCCGCCGGCACCCACACAGCUGCAGCUCAUAGUACUCACUACGAGCGUGACACGGGUUGUCCGAAGCCGAGCGGCCAGCGCUCACUCUACAGCUUUCAAGACGCCAUCACCCUACGACCCAAGCGUUGACGGAGUCGCAAUAGACGAGAUCACAGGCGAUAUGUACUUCAUCACCCAACUUGCGGCACUCUUUUUCCGAGCGCACGAAUGUCGACCUGAGACAUGUUAUAAGGCUUGA